UGCGACACAGGAAGUUCCUCAUCCAGGACGACUGGCGGCGGAGUGUUGUCAUAACAGGCGAGUGGCUAACGCUAACGCUUGCUAACUAGUUAGCAAGAUAGGUGUUGGUGUUGUGUGUAUGAGUGUUCCAAUCUGAAUCAUGGAACAGUGUGCAUGUGUGGAGCGGGAGCUGGAGAAGGUGCUCCACCGCUUCGUUAUGUACGGCCACCAGUCCGAAGAGAGGCUAGACGAGCUUCUGCGCAGUGUCUGUGAGAUACGGGGACAGCUGGUCGCUUUUGGAGUUCAAGAUGCAGACUUAUCAGUCUUAUCUCAGACUAUGGCACAGUGUUGUAAGAAUAUCAAAGAAACAGUACAGAUGCUUGCCUCCCGACAUAAGGACAUUCACGGCAGUGUGUCAAAAGUGGGCAAAGCUAUUGACAGGAAUUUUGAUGCAGAGGUCAGUGCUGUGGUGGCAGAGACAGUGUGGGACUCCCCAGAGAGACAGAAAUACCUGAGUGAAACCAUUGUGGAGCACCUGUACAGACAAGGGAUGCUCAACGUAGCAGAAGAUCUGUGCCAGGAGUCUGGAGUAGUUAUAGAUAUGAGUAUGAAGCAGCCUUUCCUGGAGCUGAACCGGAUCCUGGAGGCUCUAAGGAUGCAGGACCUCAGACCGGCACUAGAGUGGGCGGUGACGAAUCGGCAACGACUGCUAGACCUGAACAGCAGUUUAGAGUUCAAGUUGCACCGCUUGUACUUCAUCAGUCUGCUCAACGGGGGCAUCAGCAACCAGCUGGAGGCCCUGCAGUAUGCCAGGCACUUCCAGCCCUUUGCUGCUCAGCACCAGAGAGAUAUCCAGAUCCUGAUGGGCAGUCUGGUUUACCUGCGUCAUGGCAUUGAGAACUCUCCAUACCGCAGUCUGCUGGAGACCAACCAGUGGGCCGAGAUCUGUAACAUCUUCACCAGGGAUGCCUGUGCUCUGCUGGGCCUCUCUGUAGAGUCACCUCUUAGUGUUAGCUUUGCAUCAGGCUGCAUGGCCUUGCCAGUGCUGAUGAACAUCAAGCAGGUGAUCGAGCAGAGGCAGUGCAGUGGAGUCUGGACACACAAAGAUGAGCUGCCUAUCGAAAUUGACCUUGGGAAGAAGUGCUGGUACCACUCUGUGUUCGCCUGCCCCAUCCUCCGGCAGCAGACAUCAGAGAGCAACCCGCCCAUGAAGCUCAUCUGUGGCCACGUCAUCUCCAGAGAUGCCCUUAACAAACUGACUAACGCUGGAAAGUUGAAAUGCCCAUACUGCCCCAUGGAGCAGAAUCCGUCAGAUGCCAAGCAGAUCUACUUUUGAUACCAUCCGCUCUCCUCACGAGUAAGGCUGAAGUUUCCUGGAGUUCCUUGUGUUUCCAGGACCAUUUGCUCUGGCCCCCCCUCCCCCUGUUCCUGGCCUGUGGCCUAUUAUUAUAAGCAUCAAGGUUUUAUCCCAGUGCUCCUCUGGACAGCCUUGGCCAUCCCUAACCCACCUUGGACCCUCCGCCUUCUCUUAGUGUACAGAGACCAGUGGGGAUGGUCCGACUACGGCCUGUUUUAGAGUGAGGAGUCUGUCCGUAGCGAGAGCACCCUCACAAGGAAGCACCUCAGAAAAAGGAUCAUUCAUUGAAACUCAUUUGCAAAUGCCUGCAAAGUUAUAGGCUUAUCCUUUUAAGUAUGUACUGCUUUAUAGUCUUUGUUUUCUUGAUUUUAUUGACUGUUGGAGUUGGCUUACGGAUGACUGCUUUUUUCCUUUUUAGGUUUUUUUUUUUUUUUUUUUCCCCUUUUGUUUUGACAGGAGCAGCUGAAUGAUUAUGAGUGGGUGUAGAGUGGGCAUAUGGGAAUGGUAAAGAAAGUUUCUGAUUUCAGGAUACUAUUUAACUUCUAAUAUAGCCGAGAAAGAUCAGAGAAGCCUCUGAAAAAGUAUAUUCAAUUAUAAAUUGUACUGAAGGUUUGUCAUUUGCUGGUGGAGGGUACUGUAGAGGUCUAUCUUGAAUUGAACACUGAUUGUGAAAUGUGACCCAUUUCUUUUCCGUAAUGUAAUAAAGGUCUCCCGUAGUUGAAAGUCACUCUUGGCUGAUGUAUCAGUUUGAUCAGUAGAACGAUUGAUUAACUCAUCAAUGGUGGAACAGCUUUUUUGUGACCGACUGCACCAGCAAGAUUUUCCUCAUUAUGGAAGCCAUGUGUCUUGUUCUAUGUAUGUAUUUAACAAUACCACAAAAAGAAAACAAAAAAAUAUAUACUACUGUGAAAUGUGUUUUGUUUCUAUUUUUUAUUGCAAGAGCCAAGGAAGCUCAUGUAAGAUAGUAAAUUUAAACUGAACAGCAACACCCGUAAUGAACAUAACUGCAUAACUUUAAGUACUAAUGAUUCAACAAGACUCAUCACAGUUGUGCCAUUGCCUCACUCACUGCAUUGUGUAUCCUAAGCUUGCACACAGUGUGAUUUGGAGAUGUAUAGUGGUGUGAUGGUAGCCGUAUGGUCUGACUUGCAGUGACUGUAGGCUUGUGAUUCAGCUUUACUAGUUAUGGGUGGAAAAAUCCUCUGACCAUUGUGGUUGUUUAACAUAUAUACACAUAAAUUGCCUCUGCCGCAUAUAUUUGGCUUUUAUUUGAGAUUGAGUCAGAUUAGAGACAUUGAAAUCUAUACAUUUCCUCAGGGCUCAUUGUAACAACCCACAUCACACUUUGCAGUUUGUUUUAGUGUAAAGAUAUACAUUUAUAUAGGAAGUAUUGAAUCAAAGAUUACACAUAUUUGGCUAUCAGGGCUGUGCACUUUCAAAGUUUGUAGUAAAUUGGGUGGCUCUCAGAAUUUGUACAUAUUCAAUUAAUGAAGUUUUGAAGUACACUUGGGGAAAGUGCCGCAAGAUCCAAGCCAUUUGGAUGUAUAGUUUGUGUAGAUAUCCCAUGCUAAUAGUGCAAGUUCCCGUUUCCUCAUGAAAAUGGUGAUGUCACCUCACACUGUUGAGGCUUAUUUGUUCAGCAGGCACUGCACCAGCAUAGCUCACACUGACAAUGCAACCUAACACUUAACUAUCACUGGUAUCAAGUCAGAAUCUAAGCUGAACAACGUCAUUUUUUCUUUUAUUUUCUACCGUUUUAGUUUGGUUUGAACAAAAGCACACAUUUUUGUGUGAAACUUCACUGAAUUUCCUCUGUUUUUCUUUCUUCGGUUGACAAUCAUGCAUUGCUUCUCUGAACAUUCUUCAGAUAGACUGCUAGCCCUCCAUACUUAUGCCGUAUAAUUUUUUGUUGAAUGUUUGCAUUUCCUGCUUUUGUGUGUUAUGCAAGUUUUAUUGUAAAUAAUUAUCCUCCUAACAUGUUUCAUAUACUUGCAUCUGAAAAUAAAAUAAAAAACUUUAUACUCCAAGUCA